AUGUCAAACACACAACCACAGUGUGCUUGCUCAGCCUUCUUUGAAACAGAAUUAAAUCUACACGAGCAUUUGGAAGAAUAUCGUUCCCGCGAACAGCGCCUGCAAGCCGAACUCGAGCGGUGUCGAGCCCAUUCGAGGCCCAAUGGUGAUGACUGUCGAGGGAAGGACGACAACGACCAAGGCGAGAGCGACGAUGACCAACAUAUUUAUGACAAAGAUGCCGGAAAUCCUAUGAGCACUAUAAGGAAGACUGGAGCUUCCAAAGGGCGUUUCUGUCCAUCCUGUGAACGUGCGAAGCCAUUUCCGAAAAUGCAGGGACUCCGGCGGCACUUCCAACAACGCAAGUGGCUCGUGAGCGAGUUCAUUAGACAUGCCGAUAGACAUGAUGGAGCAUGCGAAAGAAAACGGUCAUUCAUCAAGAAAACAUGUGAUGAGUUACGCGAACAAUCCGACAAACAACUAGCUCUCGCAAUUAGCCAGUGUCGAUCAAGCGUUCUUGUGGGGAAGAAACGGAAAUGGGAAGUGGCAGCUUUGGGCUCCGAUAUUUCGGGAGCUCAAGCCAAGUUUGACAGGAUCGGUAUGACGGCUUUGGACCAAAGUCUUUUUUCCCAAAGCAAUGAGGGUGACAGUUUUCGCCAGCUCGGCCAGGCUCGCGAUGAACUAUCUGCACCCCUAAUCCCGAUGCAAUCGCCCAUAGCCUUACCCCGGCUGAGCACCAUGGUUGAUACCGUCAAUCCUAACAGCUCUUCGAACAUGUCAACGGAGGAAAUCUACUUCAAUCCCGGAGAAGGGCAAACCCAAGAUCUCGACUUGCUACAAGAUUUUGAUGCUCCUAUCCUUCAGAUUAUGAACAGUAUCCCAGCAUUGUCGACCGGAUGGGCGGCUCAAGAUGAUUUUGUGGAUAUAACCACAGAAGCUGCAGUAUACCGUGAAUAA